GUUUCAGGGAAUUCCAGGAAAUGAUGGGAUGCCUGGUGCCCCUGGACUUCCAGGAAUGUCUCCACUGUCGCUGUUUGCUGAGAGGAACGAUUCAUUCUUCAAGACGUUUUGUGGGAACUGCUCUUCCGGAUUCCCUGGAGCCCAGGCAUUCACGGGGAUGAAGGUGGAGCAAAUCGAACAUGGCACUCCCGGUGCAGCUGGUGUGGAUCACUGUGAAAAGUGCAAGCAGCAGCAGCAACAGCAAAACCAAGAAGAACUUCCCAGAAUGGAGGAACAGCUGCCAAACAAUAGAGAAUGUGGAUAUCCAGGACUACCUGGGAUGCCUGGUCCUCCAGGUGAAAGAGGAGUAAAAGGAGAACAGGGGCCUACAGGUCAGAGAGGAUAUGCUGGGCCCCCAGGGCCUCCUGGCCCCCCUGGAUUUCCUGGUGGUCCUGGAACCACAGGUUUGCCUGGUCUUCAGGGAGAGCGGGGCUCGCCUGGGGUAGCUGGACAGAAAGGAGAGCAGGGUCCUAUAGGCCCCUCCGGAUACCCUGGAUCAUCUGGAAUGCCUGGUCUCCCGGGCCUUAAAGGAGAGCGGGGCUAUUCAGGUCCUCCUGGAGACAAAGGCGAGUCGGGCCCACCUGGCUUCCCUGGUCCCCAAGGCCCAGCAGGCCCAGCGGGCCCCAAAGGUGGCUCAGGAUUACCUGGUUCACGAGGAGACAAGGGAGAUCAAGGAUUCCAAGGUCAACCAGGAUUUCCAGGACAGCCAGGACCCAUCGGUUUCCCAGGGAAGUCUGGGCCAUCUGGACCCCCAGGACCUCCUGGUGAAAAGGGCAAUGAUGGGAGUGUGGGUCCAGUUGGACCAACUGGGCCUCCAGGCAGAAGUGGACCUCCAGGACUACAGGGUCCUCCAGGAAUAGAAGGUCUGGAUGGGAAGGAAGGGAAGCCAGGACUAAGGGGUGAGACUGGUCCACCAGGACCCCCAGGGCUCAGGGGGCUGCAUGGAUUUAAAGGAAAACCUGGCCUUCCAGGUCAGCCUGGACAGAGAGGUGAACCAGGAGUAACAGGACCAUCUGGAAAUGCAGGCCGGCCAGGCUUUGAGGGAGAGCCUGGUCCACCAGGACCCGUGGGACCUCCAGGACUUCCUGGACACGUGGGUGCAGCUGGUAUUCCAGGAGCUCCGGGCCCCACAGGACCCCCAGGAGUGGGAACAAAGGGUGAUCGAGGAGCGUCCGGAGAAAGAGGUCUCCCUGGAUUGGUGGGACCCCCUGGACCGCCUGGAACUCCUGGGCCGAUGGGAGAGCCUGGUCAGGAUGGUACAGCAGGAAAAGAGGUAAGAUGGGACACUAAUUAUAUCUAUUCCAUGUGUGUACUGACCUCAGUCAAAAGUGGAUUACUUUAUGAGGUCAGGAAGAUGGAGUGUUUUAAAGUCAUUCUCAUGUAUUCACAGUAUGACUGA